AUGUCUAUGCAAAUACAGCAAAGUGAACACUCAAAACGUAAUACAAAUAUUGCAAAUAAAUCUAAUUUAGUGAAUGUCAGCGAUGCCAGUUGUCAGGCAAACAUAGCUUAUGAAGUGAUAACGUAUGACAGCGACGAUGAAAUGGUGAAAUCGAGGCGCGGAAUACCAUUCGGUGGUCUUCGCAAUAAAAAAGGACAUCCAAUAUACUCGAGGGAAGACAUACGCGAACAGUAUUGCAUCACAAGGAAGGAGUUGGAUGUCUUGGAACAAAAUCUUGGCAACUCUUCGGCCGCCCGACUCUUCGGAUGUCUUUCAAGUAGAGAUAUGCCGGACAGUCAGUGCAACAAAAACUCAUUUUUAUUGCUCUCAUGUGUUCACAAACGAAAAAAUUCAUCAAAUUUGAUGAAACACUCGGAUUGUAACAAAAGUUUGCAGCACUUAAAGUCUGAAAGCAUUGCUAAUAAAAGUGAAGAAGAAGAAAGUGACGGAGGAUUUCGGCAACACUACCGACCAUAUAGUGAGACACUAUCGGGAAAUAAGCAAAAAUAUAAUCAUUUCUCAAAUGAUUUAAGAGAUAAUAAGCAAAUUUCAGCUCAAAAUAUCGGCGAUGUUAACGAUUCUGGCCUAAAAUCUAACUACAGUCGAUCUAAAGUAAGGUUACAUCAAUCAUAUAGUACCGGCUCUCAAGACACUAAUAGAUCAUCAGUUAAGUCAUCAAUAUAUCCAUCACAAGAAACGCCAUAUAACUCGUCCACAAUGUCCCAAACGUCUCACAGCGCCGAUGAGCUUAGCAUUGACCAUACGAGUGGUCAACAGCAGUGGUCAUCUCAAGAUCAUAGCUCCAGAACAGGUGAUGUGACGUAUGACAUAUCAUCCAAAAAACACGUGUCUUUUGAUUCCGGAGAUACAUCUAAAGUGCGGAGAAGUGUUACUUUAGGUGCAAGUAUUGCAGCCAUUCCUGUCACCAGUAUGUCUGGUGGUGUGAGACAGCAUUUAGCUCGUAAUGCAAGUCCGCCAUCUAUUUCGCUCACAUCUGUGUCUUCCACAAGAAAAGAUAUGUCACCACCGGUUGCAUCACAGGAACGACUUCUAGGGACUAAAUUAUGUCAAAGUAGUGAAAAAAAUGUUGUGAGCCGUCACCGAUCGCUAUCUCCGUCCCAAUCAUACACACCAUCCCUGUCCACACCGUGUCGAUUGGUUCGCCGUGUAAUCAUGAAAACACAGUCCACACAAACCGAUGUGACUGGUCUGACAAAGAGUCGAUCUUCGCAUUCAAUACCCGCCUAUUUGACACUAUCUCCACGACGURCCAACAAUCAACAUAGACUUCAGAGACGAAGCUUUGACUUGAGAGUGCCCACAACACCCAUCUCAUUAUGUGAAUAUCACCAGAAACUCAUCCUAAGACAAGCAAACAGUUGGGCAGAGUGUGAGGCCGAAGCACUGGGAUUGCCAUUAAUGAAGUCUCACUCAGACCACGGCUUUAUUUCCGCCAAUGAAUUUAAUGAUGAGUUUAGAGACAUUCCUCCCUAUUGUGAUAACCAUAUUAACCAACAACCAUACGAGCCUUUCCUUCAGACAGUAAAACUAAGUGUCAAAUCCUACUCCAAUGAUGAGGUUUUUAUACCUAAACGACAAAAAGAUAUUGAAGGAGAAGGCAAUAUAUUAGACGGAUGUCUUGUGAGACGCCAUUCAGCCAAUGCAGACUUGGCUGCAGAACCAUUAGGUUGUGUUCCCAUAGCAUCGCCUCCACCGGGAUUUGGUGAUCCCAUAGAAGUGUUUACUGAAUCAGAUGUUAAUAUUUCAAAUGAUAAAGAAGUUUCUAAUAUAGAACUAUCACCUAAAAAAUCAAACUCCGAGUCUAGUCAUGCAAUGAUCACCGAUGAUGGCAGUGACUUAGUAUCGUCGACCACUACAGAUAUGGAUGACCUCCAGUCGAGUGCCAAUAACUCAAAAAUGACCACAAGUUCUCCAACUGUGGUAUCAGAGCUUAAUCCAGACGUGCCCUUAACACCACCAUUAAUGACAAGUGAAAAUAUAGAUAAUAUACCAAUGGAUUCACCAAUAAGUCGACUAAAAAAACAAUUGAUGGACACUUUAUUAUCACCGGAAAGUGAAUCCUCCAGUUUCCACACUACGUCAUCAACAAACAGUGCACCUGAAAUGUCUUCAGACAAAUCCGAAGAGGUUUUAUGUGCUGAAGUUUGUGGCGAAAGUGAAAUACAAGAAUCUAUAGAUAAAACAGCGUCUCCUGAAAGUGAUCAGCCAUUGUCUCACGACUCAAGUUUUUCACCAUUUGAUAUGAGCUCAACGCGAACUGUUGUUCAAAGAAAAUCUGAUCCAAACAUCGAUGACAAUGAAGUGUUUUAUCAACAGGAAGGAACAAAGACUAGAUCUUUAUCCGUACCAAUCAUUAAAAGGCCGACAAGUUUUCAGUCUAAACGACCAUUACUUAGAUCUGAUGAGACGUUUGACGAUAGGAAGUCUUCGUCAUCAUCUGAAGCCUCAAUUCAUAUACAAUCUCCUCAUUCACCAGAAUCUAUAGCAUCGACUCAUUAUAGCACUAAUGUUGAAGACGUUGACUCAGAAUUACAAGAUUUGACUCCAAUAGCUGAAGUCUGUUCAUCUGAUCCGUCAACAACUGUUGAACCCACGACUGUUGUUGAGUCUACUUCUCCAGCAAUCAAACCUACAAUUCCUCCAAAACCAAGUUAUUUAUGCAAACAAACUGUAGACACACUUCUAGAUAUUGAACUUGAAGUGACUUCAAUUCAGUCAGAUAAAGAAAUUAUUACUGAAGAACCUAAUAAUGAAGAACCAAAUACCAAUACUACUGAUGAUGAUGUCGAUGACGAUUUCAAAAGUAUUAUACAUAAAAAAUUGCUUGACUUUAAUUCAAAAUCUGAAGAACUAUCUAAAUCAAUAGUCUCUGAAAGUGAAGAAAACGUUGAUAAUAAUGAGGAAAAUGAAGAUAAUAUAUAUUUUGGACCUAUUUUGAGACGAUCACUAUCUGGAGAAUUAUCGACUGUCUCUGAAGUAUCUGAAGAAAUGAGUGCAACCGGAUUUGGUCUGCAAAAUACUAUCUCUUCAUAUGAAAGGGAAUCAUUUGGACCGGUAUUAACCUUAUCAGCUGAUGGCGUYUCAUCAGAAAACAUAGCCAUACAUUCUGGUGCAACGUCUCCCAGUUUGGCGGACAGCACCACAUCCGGUAGUUUUAUGAUCGACGCCAGUGUUACCGAACCAACAUCUGGUAGUGAAUCCAAUAGAGUCACUAUUGGAAAAGCUGGUAGUCUUCCAUGUAUUCCCACACAAACCAUGACUAAUGUGACUAAAGUUGCAUCAGAAGGAGGAGUGGGAGUCGAUACAAUACCUCGAAAAACCAAAACUGAAUCUACAAUUACAACUGACUUAGAGAUCAACGAAUCAACUCCUAAAAGAUAUGAACCGAUUGUGGGUCAGCUCAUAGAUUUGACAACAGAGUCAUCACAAGCCACUGAAAAAGAUAUUGAAAAAUCUGAGUUUUCAUUACAACAUCAGAGCUCUCAAGACAUCGAUGAAGAGUCGCUAUCUUUUGAUGCACUCAAUCAUAGUUUCUCAUUAAAAGAUGGACACGAAGAACUGCAACAGAUUCAUAUUGAAGAAGAUAUGCAAGAGAUAGAAGUAGACAGUCAAGGAUUAGCUCUUUUACAGGAGUUAUCUACAUCUGAAAGCACUACAACUCAGCAUUUAUCAGAUAUUAAAAAGAGUAGCAUUCACUCAGAUGAUGAGAAACAAUUGUCAAAAUCAAUAAAACACAAGAAGAGAAGUCACAAAACUGUGUCCACAAAUCAACGCAACUCUUCCAGUGAAAGUCAUACACUGUUAUCUCAGGAAGAACUCUAUAUAAUGCAGAGGAGGGCCCGAUCUUUAAGUAGAAGUCCUGAGAAAGGAUUUGAUUCAAAGUCGCCGACCGGUCAUUAUUUUCAGUCCUGUAGUCACCAUCACUUCACAUGCAGUCAAUGUGGAGAGUCAGCAAACAAACACAUUAUGCCGUCAAUACUCAAAAGGUCUAGACUAGAAAGGACUGGGAUCCCCUAUUUGUAUCGAAAAUCGAUGACAAUCGACGACAUAUAUUUUAGCUCCGAUGAAGAUGAAGAAGACGCUGGCGUUCAUACAGAUAGCUAUCGAUCGGCGCUUUGGGUUUAUAUCGGACAUAAGGAAGAGAUUGCUGUCUGGGGUCACAGGAAUCCACUUCAUUCAUGUGAUGACAAAUCAUUGUCGAGAUCAGAGUCUGAUGAAAGUACUCUUUCGGAAAAGGGAUUCAAAAAACAUUACGAAGCCAUUACACACCGUCUCAUACAUAGAAAGGCGUCCAUCGAAAUGUAUAAACGAAUUCUUAACAGAACUUUUGCCAUAGAAAAAACGCUAACUAUAGUUAAAAGUAACGGAGAAUUUGGAUUUCGUAUUCAUGGCAGUAAACCAGUAGUUGUUUCGGCCAUUGAAAAAGGUACGCCCGCAGAAAUUAAUGGUCUAGAAGUGGGAGAUAUUAUUGUGACAGUCAAUGAAUGUAAUGUCUUAGAAGCCUCUCAUUCAGAUGUAGUCAAGUUAGCGCAUACGGGAUCGGACACUCUUAAGAUUGAAGUUAUCUGUACUUCAAAGUCAAUUAAGAAGAAUCAGCCUCCAGUAGAGCACGACAUCAUUAUGAACGGCUAUCUCUCGAGACUAACGGAUAAAUUAGCCGAUAAAGAGAAGGUCGAUCACAAAACAAAGUCUGAUGCCAACAGUCAAAGCGAUGGGACCAAUAAAUUUUGGCGAAGACGUUGGUUUGUCCUUAAAUCAGACUAUUGUUUGUAUUGGUAUAAAACUGCUAAUAGUACUGAACCAAUGGGUGCUAUAUCUCUUCAGGGCUAUUGUGCCGGUGUUUAUAAUGAAUCACUUUUUGGUCAAUCAUUUGUCUUUCGUCUGAUACGAUACGCGUCUUCCCAUAAGUUUUUCGCUGCCAAUGAUAACGAAACUGUCGGACAAUGGGUUUAUGCUUUGAAUCAGUCGGCGACUCAUAUUAAUCAAAUUGAUCCAUAUAUUGAUUCAACUCUUCAUAACAUCCAUAAGAAUCCAUUAUCAUUGAAGCAUUUGGAUUGUUACGGAUAUUUGAGUAAAUUUAGUAAACGGAGGAAAGUGUGGCGACACCGGUAUUUCGUACUAAAGGACGCCUGUCUUUACUUCUAUGCCGACGCCAACUCUAACACAGCUUUAGGUGUAUUUUAUUUACAUGGUUAUAAAGUACAGGCGUGUCCUAUGAUUGGUAAAAAACAUACAUUUGAAGUCAUUCCUCCCGAUCCUAAAAUGAGAUACAUUUGGCUUCUGUCCGAAUCGGACGCCGACAAGAAAAGAUGGUUGGCAGCUCUGGAAUAUUCAAUUGACAGAUGGAUAAAAUUAAAAUAGAAACUAAACGCUA